CGAUAUUAGGAUGAUGUUUUUCCCUUUCGCUCUCUUGGUUUGGCUUUCUGGAGGGUUGGAUGCACAAAGCGCAGAAUCGCAUUGUAUUUCUCCCACCCUGGAUUAUGGUUAUUUCAUCCCUCCAAAAGUGUUUUAUCCUCAUGAAACCCACAUCGUCUAUGUCUGUGAAGACGGAUAUAAGCCACCAGGGUUUACAACCAGCACAUGUCAGAAUGGUAACUGGUCUCCUGAACCUCGGUGUGUAGGUUCUUCUACCGGCUCCAGUUUGGAUGAGGAAGACACUAGACCUUCGUCUACAUCAAUUCACAGAUGUGGAAAAUUCCCUGUAGUUGAAAAUAGUGUUGCUGAGCAGCAGGGUAAUCGGUCUUUGAAGUACAAAUGUGCAAACCUUUAUGAACUACAUGGUCCAGAGAGUGUGGUGUGUCACAGCAACGGAAAGUGGUCCGACUUACCCACCUGCAGAGAAAACUUCUGCUCUUGGGACACUAACGCCGACCCUGAAUUAAAAAAUACUGGAGUUGCUUUCUUAGCAAACGGAGAGACAAUGUGGCUUGUUUGUGAAGAUAAGUGGAGAUUUAAAAACUUUGCUGUAUUCCAGUGCAAAGAUCUACAACCCAUUUUAUCCAGAUGUUGUAACCGUGCUCUAAUAAAUACAGAAUUCUGCAGGCCCAGAUCAUGAAGAUGCUGCUUUCAGAUUUGCUGAUGAAAUGUCAUCACAGAAGACUUGAGACGAUCAGUUAUGAUCACGCUCUACGUAGCUUUUCAGUCUUAAUUAAUCACAGUUAAUUGUUUGUGAGCUCAAAGCUGAAUAACUGAAUCAACUUGUAAAC